UCAGUGGUUCAAUCUUCGACAAGAGAUGUCGAGCUUUCAAUCGGUCUCUGUCAAUAACUCAAUUGACCAUGAAGAUUUGAAGAAGAAGAACUGCCACAGCAAGUGGCAGAAGGUGGGGGUGGUGGUUUUGGUGAAGGACUUGGAGGAGAAGGAAGCUCUAUGCCUACACCAAUCACCCUAGAAAGUGCGGGGACCAAUCAAAAAAAGCGAACAAGAAAAGUAUUGAAUGAGAGGUCUGAUGUGUGGACUGAUUUUACUAAGUCCCCAAAUCGAGAGACAUGUUCUUGCAAUCAUUGUGGGAUUAUGUACAAGUGCCACUCAUCGAGGAAUGGAACAUCCACACUUAAGCAACACUUGAUGCGAUGCAAACGCAAGCCUAGGGCAAGUGGUCAACAAACGGAGUUGGCAUUCAAUCAAACAGGGAAAGGGGAUGUUUCCACAUGGAAGUAUGAUUCGAAGGUCAUUAAUGAUGAAUUAACUUGUAUGAUAGUUGAAUGCGAGUUGCCAUUCAAGUUCGUUGAGCAUCCACGGUUUAAGAGUUUUUGGGCGGCAUUGUGUCCAAGGUACAAUCCUCCUACAAGGCCUACUGUUAGGAAGAAGGUGAUUCACAAGUAUGAUGAUAUUACCAAAAAAUUGAAGAAGAUUUUUCAAAACAAUGGUUCAAAUGUCUCUUUAACCACAGACACGUGGACAUCACAGCAAAGGCAGAGUUAUAUGGUCAUCACUGCUCACUUCAUUGAUAGUGACUGGAAUUUGCAAAAAAAGAUUAUCAACUUUAGGUCAAUUACUAGACACAGGUGAGGCUAUGGGUAGAGUAAUCAAAAACUGCUUAAAAGAUUGGGAGAUCAAGAAGCUUUUCACUAUAACAGUCGAUAAUGCCAGUUCCAAUGAUCAUUUUGUCAACUACUUGAAGAGGAGAUUUGCUAGUAUCGCACUAGGUGAUUAUGUGCAUAUGAGAUGUGUUGCACACAUAAUCAACCUAGUCGUUUCAGAAGGCAUGAAAGAAACAAUUGAUUCUAUUAAUCGAGUUCGUGCUGCAGUUCAAUUUAUUCGAGCUUCAUCUGUAAGAAUUCACAAGUUCAAAGAAUGUGUAGAGAUGGAAAGAAUUAAAAGCAAGAGCUUGUUGUGCUUAGAUGUGUGCACUAGAUGGAACUCGACUUUCUUGAUGUUAGAAGCUGCUCAGAAGUUUGAAUCUGCAUUUGAAAGAUUUGAGGAGUUGAGCCACAUAUUACGAGUGAGCUAUCACUAGAAGGUGGAAUGCCAAAGCAAGAAGAUUGGAGUAAUGUCAGAAGAUUGGUGACUUUUCUUCGUUACUUUUAUGAGCUUAUAUUGAAGGUAUCUGGCACUUCUUAUGUUACUUCUAAUAAUUUCUUUCAUGAUUUGAAUAUACUAUAUUAUGUGUUACAUGGGAUGAAGGGUUCUAAUGAUGCUCAAAUGAGCUCGAUGGCUGAUAGGAUGAUUGCAAAGUGUGAAAAAUAUUGGGGGGGGGGGGGAAAUCUGAUAAAUUAAACAUAUUGAUCUUUGUUGUGGUUGUGUUCGAUUCGAGAUACAAGUUGUAAUAUGUAACUCUGGUAUUGAAAGAGAUGUAUGAAGAAUCUAUUGCAAUUGAGGUUGUUGAGAAGGUGAAGUCCACCACAUUCAAGAUGUUUAAUGAAUACAAAAAUGAGCAUUUGGUGCAAAAUCCUCUUCCAAGUGAAUCUUCUUCUUCAUUUGCUGCCAUUAGAAUUGAGGAACAAUCAGCUGAAAAUCGAGCAAAAGUUAGGUUUAGACUGUUGCAUUCUGAAGUUGGAGGUGGAGAAAACCUAGCUGAGUUGGAUAAAUAUCUAGGAGAAGGCAUUGAAAAUGUAAAGGAUGGGGAUAGUUUUAAUGUGUUGACUUGGUGGAAGAUUAAUUCAUCUAGGUUUCCUAUCCUUUCGGUUAUAGCUCGGGACCUCUUCGCAAUUCCAAUUUCUACAGUGGCAUCUGAAUCUGCAUUUAGUAUAGGUGGACGAGUGUUGGAUUCAUUUAGGAGCUCCCUCACCCCUCAUAUUGUUGAAUCGCUUAUUUGUGUGGAGGAUUGGAUUGGAAGUUUACCUUUUCAGAAAUUGAUGGAGGAAGAUUUGGGAGAGCAAGAGGCAUUUGAACAAGAGAUGGCUAGGAAUAACUGAUAAGAACAAUGGUGCAACAACUGCCAACUAAGACUCGAUUUUGGCAAAAGGUGAUGGUGACUGACUGACUGGUCUAGUGAUCUUUGGCUGAUUGGCUUGGCCUUGCCUCUUUGUUGGCUAUUUGCUUUGUGGCUUAUGCCUCUUUAUAUUUGGUGUUCAACAGUUUAUUGUAUUAGAAGUGGACUUUUGGACUGUUUUGGAUAGCUUAGAGUAUAAUUGAUUUAUUGUAUUUGUCUAUUUGAAGUCUUAUUUGAAUUUUUUUCCAGUUUUUGUACUAUAUUUUUGAACUCUGUAAAUUGUAAUAUUUUUAUUUUGAGUGAACUGUCCAGAUUUGAGAUU